AUGACGGAUGCAGAGAGGAAAGUGGCUAUCGCAGAUGUUCCAGGUACAUCUGGCGAGGGCGAUGCCCAGCCUAGAAAGAAGAAACGAUACGAAUUGGGAAAACGAUGGCACCGAUUCCGCGUUUUAACGCCAAAUUCGGCGAUUCUACGCGGCUCGUACGCGAUGACCGAUAAACACUUCAAAUACAGAAGCCGUGGCCGGCAAGCCGCCCCUGCAUCGAUCGUAGCCAUCGUCUACGGGCGUCUCUUCGAACCGAAGGAGUGGAUGAAAGAAUACGUCGAUCAAAUAUUAGAGUACGGUGACAAAGUGUUUCGCACCAGCGUGAUGAGGAAUCAAGUGAAGGAGAGCGAAUACAUGAAGAGCAGCCUGGUCCAUCCGGAAUUCUACAUCGCCAAUUACAAAAUUUUAGUUUGCGUCGAGGAAACGGGAAUUUACGGAAAUCUGUUCAGCGAAACGAUCGGGUGCCCUGACUUUGCCGACGGGUUGCAAAAAUUCUUCAAGAACAACGAUGCCGGGGUGAUCACGGCCCAGGGGACUUCGAUGGCUAUGUGGCGGCAUCCCGAAAUCGGUUUCCUCUUCUUCGACCCUGCGCCCUGCGACGAGGAAGGCAUUCACCAUCCAGACGGUGUUGCCUGCGUAAUGAGAUUCAAAUGUUUGAACGACAUCCGCGAUCACUUUCUCAAGAACAUGGACCCCAAGUACGAUUCCAGAUACUGUAUCGACAAGGUGACGGUAUUGAGGGUGAACGAGGUGGGCCGAGGAUACCUCGACCGUUUGCCAAGCCCCACUCGCUUGCACGUGGACCGAAACGUGCUGAGAUCUAUCAACCCUGUCGACAUCGAUGAGAACAAGAUGGACUGUACGAAACCAGUGCCGAAAGGGGACAAAAUGAAAACCAUCAUGCAGGCCAAGAUCCACAAGGAGCCGUUGGCGAUCACUAUCUCGAAUUUCAGCAUCGACAAACGUUUCGCCACCGACCCACUCGUCGACCAGAACAAAUUUGACACCGGCUACACUUACGAGGACAUGCACGUGAACGUGCCGUCCACGUUCAGAGAGCUCCCCGGCAACAUGGCGAUCCUUCACGGCUUGACCCACGAGCACAGCGAGAUGUACAAGGGAAAGGGGGCGCAAAAUGUUGCCAAUUGCGUGAUGGCCAUCGCCAUGAAAAAGGUUCACCCGGUGAAAACUUGGCUGAGGCCGAAAUUGGACGAGAUAUUGGCGUUGGGCGACACCGUGUACGCCGAGGUGAAGUCCGCCAAACCGAUGAUGAAGAACAUGACCGCCCCCGAUCUAAACGACACGAAAAUUGACGUGGAGGGAAGGAAGAUAGUUAUAGACGUGGAUCUGAUCACGGUCACCGGCACCCUCACCUCGAAAAUUCCCACGGUGUUGAAUCUGAAGCAAGCGUUGGAAGAGUUCUUCCUGGUCAACACCGAAGGCGUGAUCGAGUCCUCCUCCAUGUCUGUCGCGAUAUGGAGCCAGGACGAUUAUUUCUACAUGUUCGAUCCCCGCCAGUGCGAUUCUAUCGGGACCAGGAUACGGGAGGAGAAGGUGGCGAGAGGCGCCAAGGCGGAGGAUUCCGAAAGGAAGAAGGGAAACUGUUGCGUGAUAAGAUUCCCCACCACAGACGCGUUGGCCGCGUUAUUCGUGAAGAACGUGGAACAGCAUAAGAAGAACGACCGUUUCACCAUCAGGCACAUCACGAUCCCGGAUGAUAUCCCCGGGACGAGGGCGUGGCACGAUUUUCAGCCUGGAACAGCGGGCGAGACGUGGGUCCUUCAGGGGACAAUAUCGAACGAGGACGAGGAAUUCGAGGACGAGAGCCGGGGGAUUCAGGGAUUGGCCAUGCCAGUGAUUGCGCUCAUCAGCGCGAAAGAGACACCGCCUCAAAAGUGGAUCAACGACACUGUCGACACCAUAGUCCGAGAGGGGGACGUUUACUACAAUUGGUGUAAUCCAAUCGUGGAAGUGGGCGAGGAUGUGGAGCGAUACUUCUUCGUUUCGAACUUGAAGAAGAACCUGUACUUUAAGAACAGGAAGGUGAAGAUCGACGUGGAGGAAGGCACCAUCACCGGGGAUUUGACCUCGCCGCCUAACAGCGACGUCCCGAAUCUGAACGACGCCCUGAAACGUUUCUUCGAGGAGCAUCUUUACGGGAUCGUGGACGUGAAGAACUUGGCCGUGGCCGUGUGGAAAGUCGACGAGGAGGUGAAGCACAAGGACGACAUAUUCGUGCAAACCGCGUAUUACUGCUUCGAUCCCAAUCCUCGAAACAGGCAGGGGCUUUGGGCGGUGGAGGAGGAGGAGGAGGUAGAAAACGCGGCCUGCGUGAUUAGAACGUUGGAUCUGUCCGUUCUGGCGAAAAUAAUCGAAACGAACGCCGGCCAGGAUCCUGAGACCAGCAACGAGUUCUCGAUUCAUAACAUGAAAGUGGUCUCGAUCGGUUCCGAGAUGACCGAGGAGGAGAUGGAGGCGGACAAGCAAAUCCCCGUGAAGCCUGACUUGAACAAUUAUCUCAACAUGGGCGAGACCGGGGCCAUUUUAUUAGGAAGCUUCAACCAGGCCAACGAGGUGAUAUUCAAGAGGCACAGCAGGGACAAGCAGCAAUCGGGAAGCGCUUUGGCAACGUUGGGGAUGACCAAAUUGUACAAUCCCCACCUCUGGUACAGGGAGGUGGUCGACGAUAUACUCAAGAUAGGCGACAAAAUCACCAUGGACAAUUUGGAGAAUCUGCCGGAGGAGGAGGAGGAAUCACCGAGGACCUAUCUUCUUCCCAGCGAGAUCAGCGAGGAUUUCGCGGUCGGUGUGAAUCGGAUGUACGUCACCCUCGAGGAGGAGACAACGUCCGGGAAGACUACCGAUCUGCCAUCGGCGUUGGAGACGUUCUUCGAGACCAAUGCCAUGGGUAUAUUCAGGCAGAACCACGUGAUAAUGCCGUUCUGGAGGGAGGGCGAGGCGUUCUUCAUGAUGGAUCCCAAGGGGAGGGACACGAGGGGAGAGCCCAGGGAGAAGGACGGCGCGGCUGCCGUGAUGUGGUUCACCGACAUUCCGUCAUUGGCCGCCGCGAUUCAAACGGUGGCCACCGGCGAGGAUUUCGUGAUCGACGUUGUCACCAUGGACAACGCGUACGAGACACGCGUGGCCGAGGAGGAACGGCCGGCGAAGCCCAGCUCCGGGGACAGCCUGUGGUAUCAUUUCCCUAAGAUGACCGAGGGCGUGUGGAGCAUCGACGGCACGAUUGCCAUGGACGACGUUAAAUUCGAGAAAGCGAACCGAAACAACCAAACUGCCGCCAUUGCGGUGAUGGCGAUCGUGUUCGCGAAGGUGUACGAGCCAAGGUAUUGGACGCAGGCGGUCCUCGACGAGGUUAUAGUGACCGGGGACAAACUGCACUCCAAGUGCGUGGAGAGGCUCGGCCAGGGGGCCGUGCUUAGGAUCAACGACAUAAUGACGGAAUUUUUCCUCUCGAGUCGGCGGAUCAACCUGAGCAUCAAGGACUGCGUAGAGGCUGGCAGCCUCACCGCCAAACCGCCCAAGGUUCAAGAUCUCAGGACGGGGAUAAUCAACUUCUUCUCGAGGUACAACUCGGGGGCGCUGACCGUUGGCAAGAACAGGAACAUAGCUAUUUGGAAGUCGUUCAACGAUUACUACGCUUUGAUACCCGACUGGGUGACCGGUCCCGAGGACGCGAGGAUCGUGAGACCGAAGGUGUUACGUUUCAUCAACAUCGCGACUUUCAUCGAUUAUCUGAAAAAUUUCCUCGGGACCGAGGGGGAUUACGAGAUGAUCGCCAUCGACGUGGUCAAUUGGAACAAGCUACCCCCGUGGAAGUUCGACCCGAGCUCCGCCGUGCGCCCCUCGAACUUGCCUCCGUUGAACGCCUACAGGAGAGUGCGGGGCGAGGCUCGGGCACUUUUGAGGGGCAGCUACCACCAGGGCGACGAGAUUUUCCCGGAACAGCUGCGUAACAAACAGGGGGCGGCGAAUUGCGUGGUCGCCCUCGGGAUGUCGGUGGUGAAGAAUCCGGUCACUUGGACCAAGAAGACCAUGGACGAGAUCCUCGCGAUCGGUAUCAACGUGCACAGAGCGACGCAGAAGGCGAAGCCGACCCUGGUCCGGGUGAAACCGAAGGACAUCAUCAGGGUGUUCUACGUGGGGGUCAAUAUCCUGACGGCCGACAUAGAGUCGGCCACGGUGGCCGGUAUAGUCGCGAUGCCGCCCCCGGAUCCCGAGGACAAAAAGAAGGUGCGAAAGCCGACGAAGCGGGCGGUGGACAGAAGGAGGACAAGGACCAGAAGAGUUCUCAGAGUUCGAGCCCCGCCGCCGCCCCCGAUCCUCCUCGAGCAGGGCAUCCCACAGUUCUUCGAGAAGAAUCGGGCCGGGAUCUUGGUGACCGAUCGCGGAGCGGUGGCCAUCUGGAAGGACAUGGGCAUCUACUUCAUGUACGAUCCUCGCGCGAGAAGCGAUCAAGGCUUGCCCGACUUCUACGGCACCUCUUGCGUCAUGUGGUUCGCCUGCCUGGAACCGCUCUACGAGGUUAUGUUCGCGAACAUCGACGAGCAAGACAAAUACGGCCGCUACGAGAUCUGCAGAGUGAUCAUCAAGACCGCCAUGAUCGAGCCUCUGCCGUGCCCGGCCGGUUUCAGAUCCUACUUCGACUGCACCACUCCCCUCAUCCCGGUAAUGUCCAUGAAGAGGAACACCACGCUCGACGUGGAGACGGUCACCGAUUACAACAUCGUCGACGAGGAGCUCAGCAUCCUUCUUGGAACGCUGCACAUGCACCAUCGGAUCUGGAAUCCGGAAACGAGAGGUUUCCAGAGUACGGCGAUCGCCGCUGUAGGCAUCGUGGUCGGCCUUCUCCACGUCCCUUCCACGUGGACGCCCGAACUGAUCGACGCCAUUCUCAGAUACGGCGAUUUUUUACACUCGGACAGCGUGCGGGCUACCCGGCCCGGGAACAGGAAUUUAUCGCCCAGCGAGUUGUUAACCGUCUUCAUCGUUGGCGACUUUAGAGCCACUAUACACGUUCAUAACCAUACAACGGCUGGUUUGCUUCACGCGUUCGAUCUGUCCGAAUCUUUGACCAUGUUCUUCCGCUCGAACUGCGCCGGGAUCCUUCACACCACCAAUAUGGCGGUCGCCGUGAUGCAGCAUUACGGCAAAUUUUAUCUGUUCGAUCCUUGCGCGAGGAACGAUCAAGGAAGGCCAAGCUUCGAUGGGGCGGCCUGCGUGAUGAAGUGUGAGAACAUCAUGAAGAUGGCCAGGAUGUUCGUGACCAAUUGCAAUCUAAAGACACCGAACGUGUACACGUUGAACGCCGUGAACGUGUUGAGCUUGUACUUUUUCUCGGACGCGAAGACCGGAUGUCCGCCGAAAUGCAUACAAUAAGAGAAUAAAGAUUUGUCUAAUUUUUUUGUUUUCCUUUUUUUUUUUUUUUCCUUAGACUUGAUAUAAAAAAAAAAAUUUGACGUU